GAACCUUCUUCUCUGAACUCGAACCGAGUGGUCGUCGCCACGUCCUGCUCCGCACGCGCUCGCGCGCUUUUCCGUGAGACUUUUUUUUAAUUCUUCAAUUCUGUUCGAACAUUUUCCCACGUCAUUUAGAAACUAUACAGCGCGUGCAACUGAUGCAAUGAGCAAGUGACAGGGAAUUACCCCCCCGCCCCUUCCCUCUGCUCUGGUCAACCUGCCUCGCUCUUAGUCAGAUGAGUUGAUUUGCGUCCUCAUCAGAAGUUGUUCCUUCACGCCGCGUCUGGUCUGCUCUCCCCGGGCAGCAAGUUUCACCAGGAGGCUCUGAGCUCCAGACGACCAGGUGACGCACAAAGAAAGAAGCUACAAGAAAGGAGACCUGUUUCAAGACUUAAACCUGCAGCUGUUUGUGGAGUGCAGCUUGUUCACCGGCACGUUGGUGAUGAGCAUCUAGCGCGUUGCACUCGGAAGUUAGUCUGAUGAGCUGGCAUCUUGGGCUGAAACCGAGAACACUUCAAGCAGCAGACUGUACAUGUGACGGGUCACUUUGCAAGUACGUCUGCUGUCAGCCAUGAAGACCCGAGUGGCGGAUCAUCUAACGACUGUGUUUUUUAUCAUCAGCCUCCUGACAGCAGCAGGUUCAAGUGAACAUGACCUUUUUCUGGAAUUUUGUGGCAAAUGGCGCCAUGGCAACAAUUCCCUGAGCCUGAACAUCGACGUCUCUCCAGGUUGUGGUUUGCUGAACGUUUUAGCCAAUGAGAGUUCUCUGUCUGUCAGAGGAAGAAUCACCGCCAACUGUCAUAAGACGGAGGUGAUUCAUCUCAACAAAUAUGUUGAGAGGAAUCCAGAUACAGACUUUUGUCUGCACUGGGAGCCUCUGCUGGACCAGAUGAUGCUAAAGGUCGGGGAAAGAAAUCUUGUACUUUGCCCUCCUUCACGUCCUGAACAAAACUGUUGCACAGAUUUAAGUAAUGAGCCCAACAUGCCUGAAGCAAAAUAUGGUAUCGACAAAGGAAGAGUCCGAACUGAUAACUACGCAGAUAAAACAUUGGAAGGCUACAGCUUCAAGGGAGCGAUCACCAACUGCAAGAACUUGUGUGACCUUGUUAACCAGACCUCUGUCAAAGGGUUUCACAACACCGAACAUCCAUGUGCUCAGAAAUAUGAGAAAGAGAUGAAGAAUGAUUCCAAAAGAGAACGAGUCUCAACAAGUGGACCAAAGCAAAAGACCUCUGUCACCGUCGACCUCCCUCCUGCCCUGACGAGCAAAGUGUCCGUGACAUUCUUUAAGAACAUCUCCAUGUUCCCACCUUUCUCUCUGUCAGCACAUGAAACUGCAGGCCCUGAGGAAGCCAAACCUCUCAUGGAUGUGGUGGAAAUCUCAGUGGAGAAUGAGAUCAUCGCUGAUCUGCCUGAGCCGGUCAAGAUUUUCUUUGACCAUGAUUACAUACCUGGGAACCUCAGAAGAAAAUGUGUUGCCUGGGACACUCACAGAGAUCCUUUGGAGGUGAACUGGUUGGACUUCGGAUGCAAGACAAAGAGGAAAGGAUCAUGGCAUACAGAGUGCCAGUGUGACCAUCUGACUUACUUCACAGUGCUAGUGCAACUGGAGCCUAAACCAGUGCGCCACCUGUUGGCACUUACUGCUAUUACAUAUGUAGGCUGUGCAGCGUCCUUCAUCAGCUGCAUCGGGGUCAUCGUGUUUUUCUGCAGGAACAGGAGACGGACCAAAGAGCAGUCUGUAGCCAUCCACCUGGGCUUAACUCUGGCCCUGGCCCUCCUCAGCCUGAUCUUCUUCUUUACUGGGGUUCUGGCCAAUGUGGGAGGUGACAAUGUGUGCACCUGGGUGGGGGCCUUGCUCCACUACGCCCUGCUCAGCUCCCUCACCUGGAUGGGGAUAGAAGUGCUUAACACCUUCUGGUUGGUCUACAUGGUGUUCAGACCCUCCCCGCGGCCCUACGUUUGGUACCUGAUUGGUUUUGUCCUCCCAGUUGUUCCUGUUGGUAUCCUGGCUGGUGUGGGAGAUAUUUAUGGAAUGGCAGAAAUUGAACAGGCUGAUGACGAAGAUGAUCCUUAUCGGAUGUGCUGGAUGAAACUGAACGAACAAAACGUCUUACUAGCUCACUGCUUCACCACCAUGGCCCUGCUAGCUGUCCUGGUGUCUUCUGGCGUCUUGAUGCUCUUCCUGGUGUUCCGGGAGAUCCGCACCAGGGACGAGUGGAAGCAGAACCGGGUGGCUUUCCUCAGCAUCUGGGGUCUCAGCUGCCUCUUUGGAGUAACCUGGGGUCUGACCUUCCUGAACAUUGAGCCACUGUCAGACUUUAUCCUCUUCCUCUCCUGCUUCCUGAACUCCUUUCAAGGUUUCUUCCUGAUGCUGAGGUUCUACAUGAUGAACUGGGUCCGGAAACAGGCUAACAGGUCGGUCCUAGGCAGCACCAGCUCCGGGUCCGUCAAGCAACACAUGCUGCAGACGACCGAGAAGAGCUAGCCGCUCCGGGGUCAA